AUGGUUGAAAUCAAAGUUGCUUAUUUGGGACCACCUGGAACGUAUUCUCAUCAGGCUGCCCGACAACAAUUCGAACCGUAUUCUAUUGAAAACGAGUCGAUCAAUGUUCUAUAUCUUCCACAGCCCAGUAUUUCUGGAUGCUUUAAGGCGAUUGGUGCAGGUCUUUGUGAUUACUCAUUAAUACCGUUUGAGAAUACAUCCAAUGGCCAAGUUGUACUUUCAUAUGAUUUGUUUAGAGACUGGUUUGUUGAGGCAUCUCACAAAAAUUCAGAAGAGUUUACGGAACCGCAAUUUGAGGUUGUUGCAGAACAGUUUGUCGCUAUUCAUCAUAAUCUAAUCAGUUAUGGGUCUGAUCUUAAAGAUAUCGAGAGAAUAUAUUCGCAUCCACAGGUUUGGUCUCAAUGCAACAAGUUUUUAGACCAUCUGGAUGAUAUUGUUGACCAUAAAAUUGAAAGGAUUGAUGUUUCAUCAACUUCAAAAGCAGUCUCAGUUCUUUCAGAUAUAAAGAGUAAAGCUGAAAGGAAAAAAUGUGCGGCAAUAGCAUCAGCCAUGGCCAGUGAGGUUCACGGCGUUCCUAUAGUGAAGACAAGUGUUGAGGAUUUUCAGGGAAAUACAACGAGAUUUUUAGUACUUGGAAAGAAGAAGAAUAGUCCAGUAAAAAUCAAUCCGAUAGUUAACAAAAAGCUUUCUCCAAUGAAAGUUACGCUUCUCACGUUCGUGAUCAAGAACAAUGAUAACUUUGGAAGUCUAUGCAACAUUCUCCAAGUAUUCAAACAGCAUAAUCUUAAUCUCCAAACAAUCACCACACGACCUUCGGUUAUAAGCCCAUGGAGAUAUGUCUUUUUCGUUGAAGUAUGGUAUACGGAGGAAUUAUCUGCUGCCUUAAUUGAAUUACGAAGUAUGGUUCUCAGUCUUACCGUGAUUGGUUCAUUCUACCGAGCGAAAAAGUUCUUUGAAAUGAUUUCGUCGUCUUCCCAGGAAUGA